GUCACUUCCGGGACGCUUCUUUCGUGGAGGCUUGUGGGUAGCUGGCCGGGGUCUCCUGGCGACGACGAUGGCGGGGGAUGUGGGCGGUCGCAGCUGCACGGAUUCGGAGCUGCUGCUGCACCCGGAGCUGCUGUCCCAGGAGUUCCUUCUCCUCACCCUGGAGCAGAAGAACAUAGCUGUUGAAAAUGACAGAAUAAACAAAGACAAUCUCACUGAUCUUUAUGUUCAGCACGCAAUUCCGUUGCCUCAAAGAGAUUUGCCAAAGAAUAGGUGGGGAAAAAUGAUGGAAAAGAAAAGAGAGCAACAUGAGAUGAAAAAUGAGACUAAAAGGACUAGCACUGUAGAUGGGUUAAGGAAAAGACCCCUCAUCGUGUUUGAUGGAAGUUCAACAAGUACAAGCAUCAAAGUGAGAAAGACAGAGAAUGGCGAUAAUGACCGGCUCAGGCCUCCCCCUCAGGCAAGCUUUACCAGUAAUGCCUUUCGAAAAUUGUCAAAUUCCUCUUCAAGUGUUUCACCCCUAAUUCUGUCUUCCAAUUUGCCUAUGAACAAUAAAAUGGAACACAAUAAUAAUGACACUAAACAGAACCAUGACUUAACGCAUAGGAAAAGUCCUUUGGGUCCUGUGAAGUCCCCACCUUUGUCCCCUGUUGGAGCUACUCCUGUGAAGUUAAAGCGAGCGGCCCCUAAAGAAGAAGCUGAGGCUGUGAAUAACCUGAAGCCCCCAGAAACAAAGAGGAAGAUACAGCAUGUUACAUGGCCCUGAAGGAAAGUUUCCAAAAAUGUAAAUAUAACUGUAACUGUAGUUUUUCAAGCAAGUUCGCAUAUAUUGACAGUAUUUACGGAGAUCCUGAUUAUUGUGGAAUUUUCUUAAGAGGUUUAAAAUUAGGUUUGAAAAAUACAGUCUUUCCUUUCCCCUUCUUUUUUUUUUUUUUUUUAAUUUUUGCCUUUUGUGCCCUUACUAGGAAAAAAUUUCUUUUUAAACCAGGUGACUUAGUGUAAGUCAUUUAUAUUGAUCCCAAUGAAUCAUUAGCUGCAAGUCUGAUAUAAAGCAUCUGAUGAAUUUUAGGAAUUAUUUUAAUUACUCUGUUUCAGUGUUUGGGGGAAUUUGAGAUUUUUGUUUAAACCCAAAAUAUUUUAGAAGUUCGCAAUUUUUAUUUAUUUUCCCUAGCAAAAGAAUUUAACAGUUUAUCCCAAUAUUUUAGUAAAUACUGCCAAACUCCUCCUUAAGGUUCACCAAGAGAAGCAUAUUUGUAGUGCUGCCAAUAAACUAUUCCAAAUAUACAGAUGAAA